ACGUCGCCUUUGCGUCUGCAAACAUCCGGUCACGGUUUCGGCGAACUGGAAAACAGUGGAAGAUAUAUCUAUGGAGACGGUUGAAGCAGCCCUGCCCGAAGAGGGGUCCAAAUCUACCGCCCCACUCCGGACCAAAAAGCCCACCAUGGAAAUCUACGUACCCAAGAAACGUCAGCCUGAGAUAAUGGACCCCAAGGAGAAAAAAUCCAAACCCAGGCCCCGUUACACUGACAAGGCCCGCAAGAGCAAGAAGAACAAAGGCAAAACGGUAGAGACCCCGAACGGAGAGGUGAGACAGGAGAACUGUGAUGCUGGGUUGAAAGAGGGGGAUACAGACCAUCUAAACAUGACAACAGAAAAUAACGAGGGGUCCAAAGCUCACACGGACAUCACAUCAGAAACACACGUGAACACGAGUAAUGACGACAAUACAGCGGAAGAUGAAGCGAUCCAGAAGGAGGAUGAUACGGAAGAAAACUGGGAUUCUUUGUUUAAUGAUGAUGGUGACUGUCUUGACCCUCAUUUGCUGGAGGAGAUGUCGCUAAAGGAGAAGAACUCUAUACAGGACCCGCGUUUCGACUACUAUAAAUGGUCGCCUGGGGAGGAGGAAGAGGUGGAGCUCUGUGACGAAGAGCUGUCACACAUCAUAGAGAUUUACGAUUUCCCAGCCGAGUUCAAGAUGGAGGACCUGAUCAGAUCCUUCAGCUCUUUCCACCAGAAGGGGUUCGAUAUUAAAUGGAUCGAUGAAACACACGCUCUGGGUUUGUUCUCCAGUCCGAUCGCAGCUCGUGAUGCUUUGAGGAUGAAGAACCCCAUGAUGAAGAUCAGACCUCUGUCCAAAUCAUCAAAUGCCACUAAAGCCAAAGCUCGCAGCUGCUCAGAUUAUCUUCUCCCAGCUAAAGAGCGGCCUCAGACCAGCGCUGCUCUGGCUCGGCGGCUUGUGAUCGGUGCUUUGGGUGUGAAGAGCAACCAGACCAGAGAAGAGCGAGAAGCCGAGAGGAACAAACUACGGGAAGCAAGAGACCAAAAGCGUUUGGCUGCUAAACAGCGUGAAGAUGCCUGGGAGGGCCAGUGAACAUACCACAGUGCUGAGAUCUGAAGGUGAUGUCAGAAACACCCCCCCCCCAGAAGGAGUUGAGUGAAUCAGGACGACUGCCAAACACAACAGACCCAACCAAAGACAGAGGAACGUGGGGACAUGAGCCAGUCAUGCAGACUUGAACAGGGAGAUUUUCUAAUUGUAUAAAUUUCCUCUUGAGGUUCCGUAUGUGAGCAAAGAACUUUUGCAUAAAGACUUUAUCACCUGAAAAACAUAAGACAAGAACAUCACAGAUAUUUUUCUUUUGUCUAAGGAUUAAAGACCAUUACGAUUCACCAAGAAUCACUAUUAACAACUAUGUUCAGCCUGUGAUAAAAAUCUGGAAAGAUGUUUGAUUGCAUCACCAUUACAACAAUGGUUUGAAAAUAAGUUGACUAUUUUGGGGUGAUAUUAAUGUGACUAAAGAUACUAAAAUCUUUGUUUCAGUACAGCCUAGAAUAAAACUUGUAUCAUUUCUGAUGUCAAUAUUGUAUUUUUUCCCCAAAGUCUCACAUUUUGUUCAGGUACGUAGUUGGACAAUAUCUCAGCAUCAUAGUUUGACUUUUUUCUUACUGGUUUGUUCAAGUAUGUUUAUCAGGAGGUCUGUUGUGUUCUCUAAUGGCAAUGCACUGAAUUUUCCAGCUGUGAUCUAAAUAAAAAUGUCUUAUUCCUA